AUGAGAUUCGGCCAAACAGAUGCGGUGUUGGAUCAGUUCUUCGAUCGGCUCGGCAGCCAGGCCAGCAAUCUGCAGGCGAUUGCCCAUGUGUGCCAGGGCGCGAACAUCACCGACACUGGGCGCCCGAAGCAGGAGAAGGCCUUCUGUGACCAGAUCGACCAGGACAUGGCCACGCUAAGGGCGGGGCACUUGCCCGAGCCCGCUCAUCGCCUCGCCAUGGCGGCGGCGCUCGCCGCGUUAGCGGAGAUAUCGAGCCGCGAAUGCUCCGUCUACCCUGGCGAGUUAAUCGAUGCAACCGUCAUGGGCCCUCCAGUUGAGGUCGGGGCAGUCUCGCCUACACCUCAAGCCCUAUCCGCAGCUGCGCCAGCGAAAGAAGCCGGCGGGGUGCCGCAGUUGCAGGCGACAUCGAAGUCGGGGCCGCCCGUUACAGCGGCACCGAUACUCAACGAGGCACCCCGCUCGUUGAAGCAGCCUGAGUUCCGGGAAAACCGGCGAGUGAUGCAGGAGGACGAGGUGCUUGACGUGUUUGGGACCGCGUUCGGGGCGCUGCGGGCCAGCGGCCCAAUGGUCCUUGCGACCCGGGGAAUCUACGAGGAGCUCCGCAGCAGACGCGGCGAGAGCAGCACGGGCACUUUUAGAGCAAGGCGUGGUUAUCAGCGCAGGACUUCGAGCGGCAUCGUGCGCGUCGGCGAGGGCCUCCCAGGAGGCGAGGAGGAACAUGGUCAGGAGGUGGGUGAGGCAGAGAACCGGCGGCUCGCGGCGAAGCUGGAGCAGUCGCAGUUGCGGCAUGUCAAGGCGACCGGGCUGCUGCAGCGCACCCGGGAGCGCCUGGGCGCGCGGUGCGCCCUGGAGGGCGCCCUGGCUUCCUGGAGGGCCGUGGCCCGCGCCCGGCACGCGCGGGUGGAGGAGGGCCUUCGGGCGAAGAUGGCCCGCACGCGCGUCCUCCGCAUGGCCUUCGGCCCCUGGCACCAUCGUGCGCAACAGGCGGCCAGGGAGCAGUGCGUGGAGCGCGAGCGGGCCAUCGCGGACGAGGCGCGCGCCAAAUUGCUGGAGCAGCUGGGGGCAGACCGAGAGCGGCUGACGGCGGAAGCGGAAGGCCUGUCGCGACAGUUGGCCGAGGAGGCCCGCCAGCGGACGUUGCUGCAGGAGAACCUCAAGCGGGUCUUCAUGCGGGGCGUGUGCGCGCUCAACUUCGAGGCCAUGUCGCUGCUCGCGGACGGGGGGCCCGAGGCCCCAGAUUGGACGCGGACUGCUUCAGACGCGGAUGCGCCUACGGCAGCCCACGCGGUUCCCGCCGCGCCGCCGGCUGCCGCCCGGACAGCGGAGCCCGUGGCCGCGCCCGCGACGCCCGCCGCGGCGGCGGCUGCGCCAGCGGCCGCUCCCGCGCCCGGUGCCCCCGGGCCGGUGCCCGGGGCCGUGGCCGCUCAGUGUGCGGAGCCUCGGGGUUCCGCCGUCGACUCUGGCAUCGCCGCCCUGGCCGCCGCGGUCGUCGACGCCACAGCGGCCCCGGUGCAGGGCGGCGGCGGCGCAGCGCCCGAGCAGCCCCGCCGGGCGCCGCUGCCCCUGCCGUUUGUGAGCUGGCGGGCGCCGGAGGCCGCCGCCGGCGGUGCGCCCGCGGCCGCUCCGCGGGCGGCCAGCGUGGGCACGUCGUCGCCCAACACCGGAGCAGGCCCGCCCGCGGCGCAGCAAGCGCGGGGCGGCGCGCCGCCCGGCGGCGCGCCGAAGGGCCAGCGGUGGCAGUCGGCCACGGCGCCGAGGGCGUCGGGGCUGCAGGGGCGGCAGCACCCGCAACUCGUGAGCCAGGCGCCCGGGCUGGAGCUGGCGAUGCCCGACGCGGAGUCGGUCGUCUGCGCCGUCUGCCUGGACGAGGUCAAGCCCACCGAGCGGCAGUCCCGCGCCGGGCCGCGGACAGGCUGCGUGCACGUGUUCCACUGGGACUGCAUCUGGCAGUGGCUCAAUAUCAAGGCGGUGUGCCCCGUGUGCAACGCGCCGCUGCUCGACCACGGGAUCUUCCAGGUCGACCCCGUGACUGGGCAAGAGACCCACCACGAGAUCUUCCCGGAGGUGCCUACAGAUCCCUACACGCGGCGGCAGCCGCAGGCAGCGUGGCAGAGAUCUCGAGGUUGCUCAGCAGCGGGGCAUCUGCGAACCGAGCGACGGUGGGUGGCGUGA